GACGAAGUCGUCUUUUAACAGUAGAACUAAAUGAUUAAUUCAUGAUAAACGUGCAACUAGCCUGACAGCCUUAUGUAAUCUAAACCACAAAAUACGAACAAGGAUCGAGUAAUCAAAUUCGGCCUUUUGUGGAGUGGCACGAAUUUUUAUUAAUUGUAUUUUCAAACGCGCGUCUGUAGCACUCGCAUGGGUGCACACAGGGGACGGAAGAAAAAUAAAUAAAUAAAUCUAGUGUUUAUUCAGUGUAAACAUUAAGGAUACAUUUUUUUUGUUUUCCGAAAACGCGCCAAAAAUUUGCACAGAUAAAUAAUGAAUAAUUUAAAUAUUAUUGCUAAUAGAUUCCUUGGCUACGUUCAGUCCAGUGGAUCAUGGAACCCUUGGAUUCGAUGGGUUUUGCGAUUUCUCGCACUAUCCCAGGCCAUCUCACCGGCUGGUUGGCCAAGUUCCUACAAUUUAAGAGAUGGUGACACCUUCGACUUCAUAGUGGUGGGGUCGGGGUCUGCGGGGGCGAUAGUGGCGGCGCGGCUCAGUGAGGUCUACAACUGGCGAGUGCUGCUGUUGGAGGCUGGUGGGGACCCACCAUUUGCUAGCGUGGUUCCCAGCUUAUUUGCAAUACUCGCACAGACAAAAUAUGACUGGAACUACAAGGGAUACCUCGACCCGGGUGUCGGUCAAUCACAUCCAGGAGGAUACAUACCGAUUACAAGGGGAAAGAUGUUAGGGGGUAGUUCGUCUAAUAAUUAUGAGAUCUACGCCAGAGGUGUUCCAGAAGACUUCGAAGAAUGGGCAAAAGUAGCACCAGGUUGGAAUUGGGAUUCUGCGCUAUAUUAUUACAAAAAACUCGAAGGAAUGACUGACCCUUCCGUUCUAGAGAACCCUAGAAAUGCCUAUCUUCAUUCAACAACCGGACCUGUUGCUGUAUCUAGACCUGAUAGUAAUUUAUACUUUCAAAAAGUAGAUGAAAUAGUAUUAAAUUCAUUCCAAGAACUAGGUGUUAAAAGAGUCUUAGAAAAUAAUGGACCCGAUAUAUUCGGAAUAGCACGACCACAUUUUACUUUCGCAAAUGGAAGGCGCUCUAGUACAGCUGAAGCUUAUUUGAGACCGGCAAAAGACAGGAGUAAUCUGUAUGUUACGAAAUUUGCCAGAGUUAUUAAAGUUCUUAUAGAUCCACAAACAUCCCGAGCCUAUGGUGUCCGCGUUAUUUUAAAUUCUGGAGAAAUUGUCAACGUAAAUGCUAUAAAAGAAGUUAUAGUUUCAGCAGGAUCGAUCGAUACACCGAAACUUUUAAUGCUUUCUGGAGUCGGUCCACAAGAAGUACUGGAAAAAUUCGAUAUUAACGUAAUAGCCGAUCUUCCUGUUGGCAAAAACUUGCAGGAUCAUUCGAUUACUCCUAUCGCAUUUACAGGACGAAAAGGCCUGGGUACGGCUGUACAAAAUGUACUUGUUGCUACUGAAUUAGAUGCUUAUCCUACUCCGAUACAAUGUGGUUUUUUCAAACUCAAUCAAUCUUAUUCAAAUGAUUAUCAAUAUCGAUAUGAUUAUGAAAGAGAAAAGCCCCAAUUUCAAAUUUUCAAUAUCCACAUGGGCGCGACAUUGUCCCUUGGCGUGUACCACGGAUGUACCACUAUAACUAAUUAUGAUGCCGGAAUAUGUGGACCACUGAGUAAAGCAAAUAUUAAUCGAGAGAUAGAUCAUACUCUACUUGUACAUUUACAUCCCUUAUCUAGAGGGCAAGUUAGUUUAAGGAGCAGUAAUCCAUUAGACGAUCCGUUGAUUGAGAUGGGUUAUUUUAGGAAUCCAUUGGAUAUAUACAAGGCAGUGGAAGGUAUAAAGUAUAUGGCACGGUUAGCAGAUACAACAUUUUACAGAGAAGUAGGUGGUGAAAUUAUUAAAUUUGACGUUAAAGGAUGUGAAGGAUUGGUAUGGGGUUCGGAUGAAUAUUGGCAGUGUUACGUGGUCAAUACUGUUAGCUCUUUACUGCAUCCUGUAGGAACCUGCCGCAUGGGACCUGGGGGAGUGGUCGAUGAGAGAUUAAAAGUAUACAAUAUAAACGGACUAAGAGUUGUUGAUGCUUCCAUUAUGCCAGAAAUAUCGAGCGGGAAUACUAACGCCCCUACAAUGAUGAUUGGAGAAAAGGCAGCGGAUAUUAUAAAAGAAGAUUACGGAGUAUUUAAUCUUAAUAUCGACGAAUACAAUAACAUUAAUUAAUGACGCUGUUUAAUUGUAUAAUGUGAGGAGUAGCGUGUACCAAAUUGUUAAUAAUUGUGCAAAAUUGCGGGUAGCCUUUGAUAACACUUUGUGUCAAACUGGAACAAGGCUGCUUAUUUGUUGAUAAUAACUGUUAUGUAUUGUCCCAGGU